ACAGUACCAAAAGCAAGUUGAUCAAAUUGUUUACCUUGGAUAUCAGUUAAAUUGUAACGCAGAGAGUCAUGGUGAAAUGUCAUCCAGAUUUGAACAGGCGAAAGCCGCUUUUAGAAGGAUGUCCAAGGAAACUGACGACAAUCUGAAUGUUUGUAUUGUGCUUUUGCAACAGUAUUUGAGGCAGGAGAGGUACAGGAGUGGGGUACUUGUAGUAGCUGCUUUCGCAGUAUGCGCUGCUGUUGAGGAUAAAAAAGAAAAGAGAGGUCUCUUAGGCUUAGGCGAUUCACUUUUGGACGGUCACGGAGGACUUGAAUUGGCUCCAGCACCUAUUUUGGCUAAAGCUCCAAUCUACAGCAGCUACUCCGCACCAAUCAUCAGCAAAACCAUCGCUGAACCAAUCAUCUCUGCACCUUUGAUCUCCAAAGCAGUCCUCCCAGCUCCAAUCUCGUACUCUGCUCCCCUCUCCUACGCUGCACCUGUCUCUUAUUCUUCUCCUCUCUCCUACUCUGCUCCUCUCUCCUACUCUGCUCCUCUUUCCUACUCUGCUCCAGUCAUCAGCAAAUCUUAUGCCGCCCCUAUCCUUUCCGCUCCUAUCUUGAAAUCUGCUCCACUUUUAUCCGCUCCCUUGUUAACUAAAUCUUACUCAGCACCUUUGUUGUCCGCUCCCAUCGCUCAUGCUGCUCCCAUCUACUCAGCUCCCGCUCCAAUUUUGAGCAAGUCUAUCUCCUAUGCGGCCCCUGCUAUCUCAUACGGGGCUCCUCUUGCUCACGCUCCGAUCUCAUACGCAGCUCCCAUCGCCCAUGCUGCUCCCAUUUCUUAUGCUGCUCCUGUCUCAUACGGACACGGGCUGGACUUAGGGUAUGGAAAGCUCUACCAUUAGACAGAAAAAGUGAUAUUGUUUACCUUGUUUAAUUUAUGUGUUAGUUUCGUUUAAAUAUAAAUUAUGUAAAUAAACCGAUAUUUUUUUAA